GGACAAUUCCCUCACCGCGGCUUUAUCUACAGAUCGAGAACACAGCAGUUCAUUUCAUUCCCAACGCGUAAAAAAAUAAAAAAUAAAGGACCAAUUCUUUCAUUUCAACUCAAACCCACCUCUCAUUUACCACCAUCUUCUCGAAUCCCCAUCUGGGUCAUCGAGUUUCGGCCGCCAUUGAUUUUGAGAGCUUCUCUGGUUUUGUUUCACUUAGCUAAGAUAUAUUAGAUUUGUUUGUCUCUUCACUCUGCUCCUGACAGAGCUUUAUUCCUGUUUUGUUUUGGCUUUCCUUACAAAAUUUAUUGCUUCUGUUGGUGGGUGGCCUCCGAGUGAUGUUCUCUGCCUCCGAAUGAAGGCACAUGGUGGAUUUUUUUAAGAUUUUUUCGAGCGUGAUUUUGGGGAUGAGUCUGUGCUGUGAGCCUUGCCAUGUGUACAAAGCUCAGAACAUAUGUAUUUUCUAUACAUCUGGCUGAAAUCUCUCUCUCUCUCUCUGUCCUAACAUAGUAUUGUUUUUUCUUUUUCUUUAAAAAAUAAAUUGGAACUUGGGUGAGAAAUUGAGUUUACUUGAAAAGGGUAUGGUUUGUUAAGUCAAUAUAUGGUGGAUUAGGGUACUACUGGUUUGGUUAAGCUCAGAGAAAGCAUGGGAUCUGGUAAUGGUAAUGGGGUUUACUCGGUCGACGAGUUCAGUUUAGAUGCCAAGUGGUUGAUCGAUCCAAAACAUCUUUUUGUUGGACCGAGGAUUGGGGAGGGUGCACACGCCAAAGUGUACGAAGGAAAAUAUAAGAAUCAGACUGUUGCUGUUAAAAUCAUUCAUAGAGGAGAGACACCAGAAGAGAUUAACAAGAGAGAAGGGAGGUUUGCAAGAGAGGUUGCAAUGCUGUCUAAAGUUCAGCACAAAAAUUUAGUGAAGUUUAUUGGAGCUUGCAAGGAACCUGUCAUGGUCGUAGUCACAGAGCUUCUGUUAGGUGGGACGUUGCGAAAAUACUUGUUGAAUAUGCGGCCAAGAUGCUUGGAUACGCGUGUGGCAGUCGGGUUCGCACUUGAUAUUGCUCGUGCAAUGGAAUGCUUGCACUCUCAUGGGAUCAUUCACCGUGACCUCAAACCUGAGAACUUGAUUUUGACUGCAGACCAUAAAACAGUUAAGCUCGCCGACUUUGGCUUAGCUAGAGAAGAGUCACUGACAGAGAUGAUGACUGCUGAAACUGGGACUUAUCGGUGGAUGGCGCCAGAGCUUUACAGCACAGUGACAUUAAGGCAUGGUGAGAAGAAGCAUUACAAUCAUAAGGUGGAUGCAUACAGCUUUGCAAUUGUUUUAUGGGAGCUCAUCCAUAAUAAGUUGCCUUUUGAAGGCAUGUCAAAUCUACAAGCAGCAUACGCUGCAGCCUUCAAGAAUGUGAGGCCAAGUGCUGAGGACCUCCCUGAGGAUUUGGCAUUGAUUGUAACUUCAUGUUGGAAAGAGGAUCCAAAUGACCGACCCAACUUCAGCCAAAUCAUACAAAUGCUCCUGCACUAUCUCUCAACGAUUUCACCUCCUGAGCCGGUAAUCCCACUACGGAUUUUCAGAUCUGAGAACGCCGUGCUGCCACCUGAGUCACCGGGUACCAGUUCCUUAAUGGCCGUUAGAGACGACGCAGGAGGCACACCGAAAACCGACAUGGAAGAGAAGCCUAAAGGUCUCUUCUUCUGCUUUAACCAGUGUUACUAAUCCCUCAACAGGGCACAAUUACGCCUCCUGAGAUAUUAAAAAAAACAACAACUAUUAGGAAAACAUAAUAAACAAUACCCUGUAAAAAUGCAUCUUCAAAACAAGAUGUUACUUUGAAAUAGUCAUUGGAGCUGCCACAAGAAGAAGAACCUGCCUUGUGUCUGAUUUUACUGUCAAAAUUUAUGUAGUCUCUCUCUCAAUCACAUUAGCUUAUAGUUCUGAAAGUGAUGGAGUUGGGGUUGCUGUGAUGUAAUUACAUUGUAAAAUAAGGGUUCAUCCAAAAGCCUUUACUCUAUUACAAACUGACAACUUUUUUACUUAAAUGAAAAAGAAAAGCCUGGAGUUUGGUUUAAUCAUUCAAUCUUCUCCAAUGGCAUUUGCUUUA